AUGGAAGUUUUGACUCCAAGCUCAAGAGAAGUCCGCCCGAUGAAGGUCAUAUACUUUAGCAAUGAGUUUCCUGCAGAUGAUCUGCAGGAGCUGCUUAGAAGACUUCAUAAUCACAGCAAGAACGUCCAACAUGAUCUCUUGGCACGAUUUAUCUAUGAGGCCACCUUAGCCGUCAGGGAUGAGGUUCGCCAGCUAUCUACACCAUUACGGGCUUUGCUUCCAGCGUUUGAAACCGUUCUUGAACUGGCAAACUACAGCGAGCUGCGCAAAGGACCUCUGGGAGGAUCGAUUGAAGGUGUUCUUCUCAGUGUGGUACAGCUAGCCUCACUUAUUGGAUAUUACGAGAAUGCACCUCACGAGUUUGACUAUUCCACAGUCAGGACCUAUGUCGCUGGACUAGGGAUCGGACUCAUGGUUACCGGUGCCAUGGCAUGUGCCAAGAAUGUGACGGAUCUUCCUUCUACUGGUGCACUAGCCAUUCGAUUAGCCUUUCGUCUUGGUGUUCUUGUCGAUGAGGUCUCGUGCACUUUGCAGCCCCGAGACACCACCGGCUCCCCGGACAGCUGGGCAUAUGUGCUUCCAGAUGUGACAGGCCCUGAAGUUCAGGCAGAGCUCGACACACUUCAAGCCAAGCAGUCAACACCCGAAUCGAGUAAAAUCUUCAUCAGCGCCCUCAGUGCCACCUCAGUCACUAUCAGUGGUCCACCUGCUAGACUCAAGGUUCUUUUCCGCAACGAAGAUUACUUCCGGGACCGAAGAUUUGUUGCUCUCCCUGUUUACAGUGGCCUUUGCCAUGCCAACCAUAUUUACAAGGCCGAUGAUGUAGCUCGCGUUGUGACAUCAGAUAUUUUAUCUUGUGUGCCUUGCCCUGUCCUUCCGGUUCUGUCACCUAGCACGGGCAAAGCCUAUGUCGCAACAACAGCCAAGGAACUAUUCGGACAGAUUGUCUCGGAGGUUCUCACCCAGCCAAUUAUCUGGGACAAAGUGAUUCAGACACUCGUUGAGGAAGCUGAAGACCACAGCUCAAUUGACUGCCAGCUCUUUGUUUUCCGCAUGUCUCUUGCCAGCCGCGACCUUGUCACUGGGCUCACAGAAGCGAAAGUAGAGACAUCGACUGAGGACAUCAUCUCAUGGACAAAGCAACCCUCAACAAUCCCAGCUACACCUCGAAGUCCUUCGCAGGCCAAGAUUGCCAUCGUUGGCAUGUCCUGCCGUAUGCCAGGAGGUGCUACCGACACAGAAAAGUUCUGGGAUCUGUUAGAAGCUGGGUUGGAUGUCCACCGAAAGGUCCCCGCCGAUCGAUUUGAUAUUGAUACCCACUUUGAUCCGGCAGGCAAACGUAACAACGCCAGUCACACAGAAUACGGCUGCUUUAUCGAUGAGCCAGGUCUCUUCGAUGCGGCAUUUUUCAACAUGUCUCCCCGUGAGGCUCAACAGACUGAUCCGAUGCAGCGUCUAGCUCUGGUGACAGCUUAUGAGGCGCUGGAGCAGUCUGGUUAUGUUGCCAAUCGCACGGCAGCUACUAAUCUGCAUCGCAUUGGAACCUUUUACGGUCAAGCUAGUGAUGAUUACCGAGAGGUAAACACUGCGCAGGAAAUUAGCACGUAUUUCAUCACUGGCGGGUGUCGUGCAUUUGGACCCGGUCGCAUCAAUUAUUUCUUCAAAUUUUCUGGGCCGAGCUACAGCAUUGAUACAGCUUGUUCAUCGAGCUUAGCAACCAUUCAGAACGCCUGCACGUCACUUUGGAAUGGUGAAACCGAUACAGUUGUCGCUGGUGGCAUGAAUGUGUUGACAAACUCGGACGCCUUCGCUGGUCUCAGUCACGGACACUUUUUAACCAAGACCCCCAAUGCCUGCAAGACAUGGGAUGCCCAAGCCGAUGGAUAUUGUCGUGCUGAUGGUAUCGGUUCCAUUGUUAUGAAGCGACUGGAAGAUGCCGAGGCCGAUAAUGACAACAUUCUCGGCGUUAUCCUCGGUGCGGGUACCAACCACUCGGCCGAGGCUAUCUCCAUCACGCAUCCCCAUGCUGGCGCUCAAGCUUACCUAUACCGCCAGGUAUUGAGCCGCGCCGGUGUCGAUCCGCUAGACGUGAGCUAUGUUGAAAUGCACGGCACCGGCACUCAAGCCGGCGAUCUUGUUGAGAUCUCGUCCAUCAGUGAGGUAUUCGCUCCGUCCGUCCGUCGUCGCACUACCAAACAGCCAUUGCAUAUCGGCGCUGUUAAAUCCAAUGUCGGACAUGGAGAGGCUGUGGCAGGUGUCACUGCUUUAUUGAAGGUUCUCCUUAUGAUGCAGAAGGACCGCAUUCCCCGCCAUGUCGGAAUUAAGAACGGAAUUAACCCUGGAUUCCCGAAAGAUCUCGAGGCUCGCCAGCUGAAGAUCCCCUUCGAGGCCCAGCCAUGGCCUCGCUUGCCAGAUAGACGACGUCUCGCAAUCGUUAAUAACUUUGGUGCUUCCGGCGGUAAUAGUACCGUUGUCCUUGAGGAUGCACCUAUCCGUACUAAAUCUGGGACCGACUCCCGUACCCUUCACCCUAUCAGUAUCUCGGCAAAAAGCAAGGCCUCCUUGAAAGGAAACCUGGAGAGGCUCCUGGCUUAUCUCGAUGCAAAUCCGGAUGCCUCUCUAUCGGAUCUCUCAUACACAACUACUGCUCGCCGACACCACCACAAUCAACGGGUGGCCGUCGCCAGCUCUGACCUUGCUCAGCUCAAGAAGCAGCUGAGCUCCAGUUUAGCAUCGCUUGAGACACAUAACCCCAUCCCCACAACGGGGCCUCCGUCUAUCGCCUUUGCUUUCACAGGACAAGGAGCAUCUUUCAACUUUACCUGGAAUGCCCCCCCUUACCGUGACCAGAUUCAGCACUUGGACUCUCUUGCUCAGCGUCAGGGAUUCCCAUCCUUCAUCCCAGCCUUGGAUGGAAGCCACGAUAAAGAUCAUUCCCACUCCCCUGUGGUCACACAGCUGGCUCUAGUCGCCACAGAAAUUGCUCUCGCCGCCUAUUGGGCGACUCUUGGUAUUACCCCAAGCGUGGUCAUCGGGCACAGCCUCGGCGAGUAUGCCGCUCUGCAUGUGGCUGGUGUACUUUCCGCCAGCGAUGCCCUGUUCUUAGUGGGUUCUCGUGCGCGACUCCUAGAGCAGAAGUGCACAGUGGGUAGUCAUCGCAUGGUCGCAACACGAGCGUCACUGGAGACCAUAGCUGAAUAUGUCACCUCACCCUACGAAAUUGCGUGCAUCAACGGACCUACUGACACGGUUCUCAGCGGUACACAAGCAGAGAUGGAUGAAGUUGCCACACAACUGUCUGCCAAGGGCCUUCGCUGCAUCAACCUGGACGUUGCCUUUGCGUUCCAUUCAUCGCAGACAGACCCGGUUCUUGAGGACUAUGAAACCUUAGCUGCGAAUGCUGUCCUUUUCCAGACACCCACCCUGCCGAUAGUGUCUCCUCUAUUGGGCCGUGUUAUCUUCGACGGGAAGAGUGUCAAUGCAUCAUAUGUCCGACGAGCCACCCGUGAGCCUGUUAACUUCCACUCUGCUUUGGAGUGUGCUCAGGACAUGGAUCUCAUCGAUGACACAACCGUCUGGGUAGAGAUUGGACCUCACCCAGUCUGUCUCGGCUUCGUGAAAGCAACUCUUGAAAGCGUCUCCGUGGCGGUACCUUCAUUGCGUCGUGGCGAGAAUGCUUGGUGCACCAUGGCACAGAGUUUGGUUGCUCUCCAUAAUGCCGGUAUUCCCGUCGGAUGGAGCGAGUACCAUCGUCCGUUUGAGCGCGCCCUGUCUCUUCUGAACUUGCCGGCUUACAGCUGGAACAACAAGAAUUACUGGAUUAUGUACAAUGGUGAUUGGGCUCUCACAAAGGGAAACACUUGCUAUGAUGCCGAAAAGAAGGCAAUCCAGACCUCUGUUGCUCCUGCAGCUUUCAUCACAUCGACAGUCCAGCAGAUUGUUGAAGAGACUAUCGAAGGAGCAGCCGGUCAGAUAGUCAUGGAGUCGGACAUGAUGCAGACUGAAUUCUUGGAGGCGGCUAAUGGACAUCGUAUGAAUGACUGUGGUGUUGUUACAUCGUCUAUCCACGCCGACAUUGUCUUUACACUUGGUCGUUAUCUCCUGAAGAAAAUGCGGCCUGAUAUCAAAGACCCGCAUAUGAACAUUGCGAACCUAGAGGUACUGCAAGGACUUGUCGCAAACAAGGAUCGCAGCAAGCCACAGCGUAUUCGCGUUUCCGCCGCCACCUCUGAUAUCAACUCGGGAGUUGUCAGUCUCCACUGGUACAACCUGAGCAAAGAGGACGGUGACGCGUUCGCCAGUGCAACACUCUUUUUCGAAGACGCGAACGUAUGGAAGACUUCGUGGUCUCCACUGGCGCAUCUGAUCAACAGUCGCAUUGAGGAGCUCAGCCGUUUGGCGGAGUGUGGCCAGGCAACUCGAUUCUCACAUAACAUGGCAUACCAACUCUUUGCUCACAAUCUGGUCGACUAUGCACAGCAAUACCGAGGCAUGAAGUCGGUGGUGCUGCACGGCUUUGAGGCGUAUGCUGAUGUGGUUCUGGCCAAUAAUGACCAUGGGUCAUGGACUGUGCCACCUUUCUACAUCGACAGUGUUGCCCAUCUGGCAGGUUUUAUCAUGAACGUCUCAGAUGCCAUGGAUACCAAGAACAACUUCUGUGUCACUCCUGGUUGGAAGACUUUGCGUUUUGCUUGUUCCCUUGUGGCAGGUGCUUCUUACCGUUCUUAUGUCAAAAUGAUUCCAACAGUCGAGGAUCCCUCCGUGUAUCUUGGUGAUGUAUAUAUUCUCCAAGAAGGUGUCAUUGUUGGCAUGGUCGGCAGUAUCAAGUUCAGAAGGUACCCGCGCAUCCUGCUUAAUCGCUUCUUCUCAGCUCCCGAUGCAGGAGCAUCAUCUUCAUCUACAUCAACCGUGGCAAAGGCUGUCAAGCCAGCUGCUUUACCUGCGCCAGUCUCUGCACCCAGUAUUAUAGCAACUGCAGCUUUUGGACUACCACCUCCACCUACUGCUCCAGCUGCCUCCACAGUGGCUCCGGCUCCGGUUCAAGAGACAGUGAAACCAACGGUGGCGCCAGCACCCGUAGCCGCAAAUGCCGCCCCAGUCAAUCUUGACAGUACCACCACAAAGGCGAUUGCCCUUAUCGCCAAAGAAGGUGGUCUCGAUUCCGCCGAUAUGCCGGAUGAUGCCCUUUUUGUCAACCUGGGUGUUGACAGUCUUAUGAGUUUGGUGAUUUCGGAGAAAUUCCGUGACGAGCUGGGUAUCACUGUUAGUGGUAGUCUGUUCCUGGAGUAUCCGACUAUUGGAGAUUUGCGAGCGUGGUUGAUGGAGUAUUACAACUAA